GCAGAAUCGUAGACAGACAGUUCGACAGAACAGCACCCGCCAGUCGUCGCCGCGAAUCUUUUUCCAAAGUCAAUUGAGAUUUAACGAGACAGAGUCCAAGAUGCGCUCCCACACAAUCGCUUUGCUCGUGUUCGGAAUAAUGGCUGUGGCUUUGGCGUCGCCGUUACCGGACGGUCAUCAUCAUAAACAUGUCAUCAUCCAUGUACCUUACAAGGUACACACGAUUCAUCAUCAUCACACGAAAAAAGUGCACAUACCAGUGCAUCACGUUGAGAAAGUAAGCGUUCCAUAUCCGGUUCCGGUGCAUCAUGUUGAAAAGGUACCUGUCCCAGUGCCUGUUCAUCACGUUGAAAAGGUACCCGUACCUUACCCGGUUAUAGAAAAGGUUCCUGUACCUGUUCAUAUACCCGUACAUAAGGAGGAACACCACGGGGGUUGGUUUUAAAAGUAGCGCUGCAUCUUUGCUUUAAUCGUCUCUUAGGUUAUCAUAUAUAAGGUGGAGUCUGAGUAAAUAAAGUUAUAUAAAAUUCUUCUCAAUACGGAUUUAUUGAUAAGAAUUCUCAUCGAAUACAAAUGAGAAAUCGAGCAGUACAAAUUACUCCAGCUGUCUGUAUAGAAUUUAAAGACUUACAAUUAGUGUAAGAAAAUCAAAUACUCUGUAUGCACGCGUGUAUAAUCAGAACAAAUUAAGAUACUUGUACAUAUUUACACUUUUUAUUAUUUUGUAUAAUAAACGUCUGAUAAAAAGGA